GGUCGGCCAACCACCAAUAGAUAACAAGGGAAGAAGCGUCAUAGAAGAAGAAGAAGAACCGGAACCGGAAGCAGAUUGGCUAAUGGCGGGUGCUUUGAAAGAAAAACAACUUGUUCGACAUGUUUAUGCUGCUUUACAGGCGGCGUGCUGCCCCCUGGUGGACGGGCUGUACCUGCAGGACGCCGACAGCCAGCUGCAGCUGCUGUGCGCGCGCUCCCAGCACCGCACCGACAUCCUGGCGUGGAUCUGCAGCAGCAUCGACCCACACUUUGCCACCUCCAAGGCGACGGGGGGGAGAUCCAGUGGCCCGGAUGUGUUGACUCGAGAAAUGGCGGUGCUUGGACAGGAGCUGAUGCUGUGCAGAGCAGACGACCUGGACCUGAUCCGGGGGGGAGCGAGUCCCCGCCGGCAGCUCGGCUUCCUGCUGCAGCUUCUGGCUUCAGUGCCUGGCGGACAGACGUCUGCUGGGAAGAUCCUGGACCAGCAGAAGAUCCUGGACCAGGAGAAGAUCCUAAAUGAGCUCUUUGCUGAGAAGAACCUGGCGCUGCUCAGCCAGAUGCUCGGGCCCUCCCUGGAGCCGUGGCCUGCAGACGUCCAGGCUCCACGUCAGGGCAGGAAGUCGUCCCUGAAGCCGCGGAGAGAGGAGGCUGCGGGCGCCGGCGCCCUCCAGCUGGCGGGGGCGGAGCUGCAGCAGCUGCAGUCCCAGUGUGUGUUCCUGAGCAGCGAGGCGCUCGGCCCCGCCCUCUUCUCCCCCGGCGCGCUGCGCGUGGCGGCGUGCGACCUCCAGCUGCUGAUGGCCGCCUUCAGCCGCGUCGUGGAGACGGACCUGAGAGCGCUCUGCGGCCGAGAGCCGCCCAGCUGCAGCGCUGAGGCCCACGUCUUCCAGAGGACACGGCGCCUCCUGCUGGCCUGCAUCACGGAGCUGGAGGUUCUGAGGGGCGUGUCCGGAGCGUCCAAGUCCACCAAUGAGGAGGAGACGCAGCUCCAGACACAGAAGCUCCCCGACCGACUGGAGGAACUGGUCCGGCGUGUUGGAGACUUUGUCCCCCUGCUGGUCUCCCAAGGCCCAAAGAACCCCCCAGUGUGAGGCUGACCACAGGAGGCCUUCAGCAUCCAGGUCCAACAGGCCCAAAGGGUCCGCAGUGUCUCCAGAACCGGAUCGGGGUUUUGGGGAAGAGACUUUGAUUGGUUGGGCUGAGUGGAGGGACCAGCUGAUCCACAACGGUCCUCCAACACAGAACCGGAUCGGGUUUAUUUAGCUGUCGAUGUAAAUGUUCUCAUUGUAUUCAUGAAUAAAGGUCAAAUAUUAAACUUCAA